CCAAGGCCACCCUGCUGCUCAUGCAUGCGCUCGGCGACCGAGUUGAGAACUACACAGCAAUGGCUCAGUACUUUGCACAUGUCGGAAUCCAGUUCUUUGGGUUCGACCAGCGCGGGUUUGGCAAGUCUGGGAGCAAGGCCGGUGACUUGGGAGACAACGGCGGUGUAGAUAACGUUGUCAAGGACAUUGCUGCCAUGAACAGACUUGCUAUGAUCGACGGUGUGAAACAUUUCAUGUUUGGCAUCUCGAUGGGAGGCAUGCACGUUCUCAACUACUGCCUGGUCCACAACCAGGAUGGUCAUAUCGCUGGUAUCAUAUCAGACGCACCUGCGCUUGAAAACUCUGGGCUCUUAGUACCGAGCGACGAGGAGACGCUUUUUAACAACCAAGCGAUAGUGGAGCAGUGGGAAAGAGACGACCUCUGUUUAAAUUACUCUACCUUGGGUACUUUGGUCGAUAUGUAUACUGUAGGCCCUCGCAUUACUGCUCGCGCAUCUGAUUUCAUCACGCCGUUCUUUGCUGGUCUGCCUGACAGUCUCGACAAGAAGCUCAAGAUAAUUGAGAACUGCCCUUUCCAUCUAGAGCUAGCUGACGAGUAUACGCAAUGGAUUCUGUCGCGUGUGGAGAGGGAUAGCUAGAUAGCCUGUAUAGCCUGCAUAGUCAACUAUACUUUCAAUAUAUCCAGCACUGGUGAGGCAGAGGAGCCUGCUUGUGGCAGAUAUUGCUUGAGCAGCGAUUUGGCGCAACGUGCUUCCAGGACCUCGGUCUGUUAGAUCCUAGCCCUGCGGCUUAUUUUCGGACCAUGCAAGCGGUUGCCAAGUACCAUUUGGUUGCAAUUUUAGAACUGAUUGACAUGGCUGCUGGUAUGUAAAUUGGCACUAGGAUUGACUCUGCGCAUAUCUGAAAACUAAAAAUAGAUAGCAUGCUGUGCUAUU